CAAAAAAAACAAAUAAAAGCUUGUCUUGUUACCUAGAAACAAAGCACUGACACAAAUACACAUGAACAAAUACACUGUUUUUUUUCCCAUUCAUGUAGUGCGUUCAGUCAUUACUAUAGAAAUGAUCAUGUAUUAGAAUGAGUGCAUUAAUAUAAACCUUGUAGCUGGUAUUACUGUCAGAUCUGUGCUGUUAUAGAAAAAUUUGUCAACACCUUCUGUCCAAUCAGAAUUGAGAACAGCACUGUGGUAUAAGUGAUAAUAAUGUAUGACAUGAUAUUGCAAUAUAGAAACUCAAUAUCAGCACACGUCUGGUACAUAAUAGACAAUAAUCAGCCAGGGAUAAAUAAAGCGCCCAAAUUUUGUUGGGGUGAAGGGUACUUCAUGUGUGAACGGUAAACAGAUCAUGUGUAAUGAGGAGCAGGGGGUAUUGGCUGCUGUGUGGGGCUAUUUUCAGCCCUCUGACAGGCUUCAUGAAGAACAACAGCAGGUUCAGAUGGAGGUAAAGAUCAUACAAGGACACGACACCCAAUGCCCAAUGCAGUUCUACAGUGUACAUUUUGGUAUCCAGUAUGCAUGUUAUUGUUGUAUAUAUUAAUGUAGACACUUGAACCUAUCAUCACUGUCCAUUUUAGUUUAAUCAGGAGGAGGUAUGUUUGAGCAGCAUAUGCGCGUUAGAGAUAAAGACUGCCCCGUUCAGAGCAGCUCUAUCAGAGAGCUUAUUUUGGGUGAAUUUGAAGGCAGCAAGGAUGUAUAUGGCACUCCUGUAAUUCUGUUCACUGGAUUUUUAUGCAUACAGUGAUCAGUGCUCGUUAAUCCUGGCAGGACGGAAGGAUCCCAGCUCUGUCCGGCUUCAUAUCCCAGUUGAAGCAGCGACUCUGGUGCCAGAUGCUGAGUAAGCAGCUUCGGCUACACUGGUGUGAACCUCAUUGGAGAGGACCCAGAUAUCAGAUAUCGAGGAGUCCGUAAGCAACGUGAGAAUGAUGUUUAGGCCCUGAUCCGGAGCAGUAUGUCAGGGUACAUACCAAGUUACCUGGACAAGGACGAACUUUGUGUAGUGUGUGGAGACAAAGCGACAGGAUACCAUUACCGGUGUAUCACCUGUGAGGGCUGCAAGGGUUUUUUCAGGCGUACGAUCCAGAAGAACCUGAACCCGACCUAUGCGUGUAAAUACGAGGGGAAAUGUGUAAUCGACAAAGUCACGCGGAACCAGUGCCAGGAAUGCCGUUUCAAGAAAUGCAUUGCUGUAGGAAUGGCUACCGACUUGGUGCUGGAUGACAGCAAGCGUCUGGCCAAACGGAAGCUGAUUGAGGAGAACCGCGAGCGGCGGAAGCGUGAGGAGCUGCAGAAGAUGGUGUGGGAGCGACCUGAGCCGUCGCAGGAGGAAUGGGAGCUGAUCCGCAUCGUCACUGAGGCCCACAUGACCACCAACGCCCAGGGCAACCACUGGAAACAGAAGCGCAAAUUCCUGGUCGAGGAAGCAAUGCUACUUAAUGAAAUAACUUGUAAUUUAUUCUAUACUUCUGACCAGAGUGCAGUGGGGGUGAAGGAAACCAAGGCUGAAGACAUAGGUCAGGGGACGAUCGUCAGCACACCGGAGGGCAGUAAGGUGGACAUCGAAGCCUUCAGUCAGUUUACAAAAAUCAUCACCCCGGCCAUCACCCGAGUGGUGGACUUCGCCAAAAAGCUGCCUAUGUUCUGUGAGCUGCCUUGUGAAGAUCAGAUCAUCCUGCUGAAAGGCUGCUGUAUGGAGAUCAUGUCUCUGCGUGCAGCCGUGCGUUAUGACGCCGAGAGCGAGACGCUCACUCUCAAUGGCGAGAUGGCAGUGACACGUGGCCAACUAAAGAAUGGUGGCCUAGGUGUGGUCUCGGAUGCCAUCUUUGAUCUUGGGGUUUCUCUGUCCUCCUUCAACCUAGACGACUCGGAGGUGGCGCUGCUACAAGCUGUCAUUCUGCUCUCUUCAGAUCGUCCGGGACUGACGAGCAUGGACCGGAUCGAGCGCUGCCAGGAGGAGUUCCUGCUGGCCUUCGAGCACUACGUCAACUAUCGCAAGCACAAGGUGGCGCACUUCUGGCCCAAGCUGCUGAUGAAGGUGACAGACCUGCGCAUGAUCGGCGCUUGCCACGCCAGCCGCUUCCUGCACAUGAAGGUCGAGUGUCCCACCGAGCUGUUUCCUCCCCUCUUCCUUGAGGUGUUUGAGGACUGACCAAACCCGCCCAUCAUCAUGUGACACCAUACGCCAGUGGCUCUUAACCACACCCAGCCCCCUUCGGACAUGUUCAAUGAACUCUGUUUUCUCACUACUGAGUGCCGUUGCAUUCCACAGAUUUAAAAGUAGCUCUCGGCCCUCAUUUCUAGACGGACCAUUCCUUUUACGAUGCGGGUACAUGUGAAUAGCAUUUUUUUCUUUCUCUUUCUCUCUCUCUCUCUCUCUCUCUCUGUCUUGUACAUUGUUGUUCUCAGUUACUCGAGGUGUAUUUUUGUUGUACAGUUUGGUGAGUGAGUAUAUCUACUAGUCGCUGGCGUUGGCUCAUCACGCACUCGGUUGUGUGAUCUAUGCAUUUGUAUCAUGCAACAUUCCACAUCUAGUAGAAAUCAGAUCUGUCUCCCACUUAGGGAAAGAUAAAAAACCUGCACACAAGAUGAACCUCUGCUCCUUAAGAUUUUCACACUACCUACAUGAACUCGGAUUGAGAAAGUGAUUUGAGAAAAUAGUUUCAUUCAUUCACAAGUUUACACACACAAAGAUGAGUUCUCAUGCACUGUUCACAAAACAUCAGAACACAGAAAGGAUGUAAUGUAAGAGGUAAUGAGUGCAAUUUCCCACGAAACUAUGACAGAUCAAAGCACGCAGAAGCUUAUCUAGACGCCAAAAUAUGCUUUCAUUGAAGAUUGCCACUGUUUAGGUGCCAAAAAAAUUGAGGAUUACUACAACAUGUGUUCCCGAAGGCAUGUUUUUCCCGUUCUAUGCCCAUCCAACUUCAGAUCCUUCACUCUGCCGGACCGUCUGUGACUGUCUCUUUACCUCGUAGGAACUCUUAUCCCUUUUAUAUAUUUUCACAAGUUAGGCAAAGGUGAUGUAUCCGCUCGGACUUGUUGGUGCUAUGAGUUUGUCUAUUUAUACCUCUUUUCAGUCAGCCUCAGAAUUUGGAUGAUUCAUACACACACACACACACACACACACACAAACACACACACAGAGCAGUGAGUAGUGAGGCAUGAACGGCCCACUGCUUCAUAACACAAUGUGACCUCUGAGGUAUAGAGGAUAUGUCGAGGAGACACUUUCAGUUUGUCUUUUUUGUUAUGUUCUUUUUUUUCCCUAAGUGACAUCAUCCUCUGACAUCAUCCUCUGACAUCAUAUUGUACUGCGAAACAUUUUUCACAUCACAUACCUCUACCGUUCAUUAGGAAAUAAUGAUAACUGGUCAUUUUGUAUAAAAAAAAAAAAAAACAACCGCAACAAUUUGCCUCAAGCUUGAUUUUCUCUGUAAAAAGUGAUGCCUUUCGUAAGCAAUAGAUUUGCUCCAGUGUUUCGGCUUAUUUAUGACUACACACACACACACACACACACACACACUCACUAGUAUGUGCACACAAAGCACAGACUCAGAGGAAAUGCACAGACAAUCAGGAUGCGAGGUGAGGGACAGAGAGAAAGGUGCAACAGAGAUGUUCAGCUGGUAUUCAAUGAAUAGUUCAGGCAGAAAUUCUAGUACUGCUAACAGUGAAUGCACUCGAGUAGCCACCUGCUAGCAUUAUGCAAAUGACAUCAUGCUAAUAGGUUGCGACCAUUCACCAUUAGCUAUGAUUGUAUGAACACUUCCAUUAAGGUCAUGUAUUAAACUCUCAUGCUCCACAUAGUACUAUACUAUAUAGUGUGUCAAAACAGAUCGACAACACAGGCAGUUUACUAGUUUUACUCACUAUUAAGUAUGGUAGUAUGUGGUUUGAGACAGAGCCAAACGUCAUCCCAGGUUGCAGAUCCACCCAUCUGGAUGUACAGAGAGAGCUGUCCAUUUACAGUUACAGUGAAGAGGUGAAAAUGCAUUAUUUUACAGUAUGAAAGUUGUAUAUUUUCUGCAGAUAUUUUUACAGAUUUGCAUAUAAUGAUAAAUUUCCCCAUUUCACCAACAAUGAUAAUAAAGUUCUAUUCUCAGAAGCCUAGCAAAAUCUCUUACUGUCGAUAAGGUGGUUAAAUAUGUUAGACAGAGUUAUUUGUGAAUUCUUUCCAGUGUUACUUCUCACCAUUCCAAAAAGAAUGAGCCAGUUAGUGUCAGAAAGCAACUCAUCCUGAAUGAAUGCCCCAUGAAUAGAGGUGUGUAUCGGGAUUGGGUUCCCAUGGGGCCCAACAAAAUCCAAGUUGCAGGUAGUCUGAUAUGAAGCUCGUAGAACAAAUAAAGGCCACGUUCUUUAACAUGGAAGUGUAUUUUUUAUCACAUUUAUUUGCAUUCAUUCAUCCAUCUUUCAGUAACUGUUUUAUUCUGGACAGGGCCAUUGUGUUUAAACAAGUACUUAAAUUUGUUUAUAUUUUGGGCAACACAACCAGUUUAAAAAUAUCAUGAAGCAGACGGGAUUGGUCCAAAUUUCUGCAGAAAGACAUGAGAUUGGUCAAAUUUUCUUCAGGAAGGGCCAGGAUUGGUCAAACCUACUGUGGGAGUGAGUAGGAUUGGUCAGACUUUCUGUGAAAGCGGGUGUGAUUGGUCAAAAUUUCCACAGGAACAGGUGAGGUUAGUCAAACUUUUUCCUGGAGCAGAUGAGAUUAGUCAAACUUUCUGUGAGCACAUAUGUGAUCGGUCAGAAUUUCUGCAGGAGCAGGCAGGAUUAGGCAAAAGUUCUGCAGGAGCAGGUGGGAUUAGUCACAAUUUCUGCAGGAGCAGGGCGAUUAGUCAUACUGCAGGAGCAGGCAGGAUUUGUCAGCGUUUCUGCAGGAACAGGUGCAAUCAAUUAAACUUUCUGCAGGAGUGGAUGGGAUUAGUCAAACUUUAUGCAUGAACAGGUGGUGCUGGUCAAACUUUCUGCGAGUGAGUGGGAUUAGUCAAAUUUUCUGCAGAAGCAGGCAGAAUUGGUCAAACACUGCAGGAGUAGGUGGGAUUAGUCAAACUUUCUGUGAGAGUUGGUGGUAUUACUCAAACGUUCUGCAGGUGUGGGGGGAUUGGUCAAACUUUCUCCGGGAGCAGGCGGGACUGGUCAAAUGUUCUGCAGAAGCAGGUGUGAUUGGUAAACUUUCUGCAGGAACAGGCAGGAUUAGUCAAAUGUUUUGUGGGAGCGAAAAACUUAAAAACUUUCUGCAGGAGUGGGUGGGAUUAGUCAAACUUCCUGCAGGAGCAUGCAGGAUUGGUCAAACCUUCUGUAGGAGCAAGUGGGACCGGUCAAACUUUCUGCAGUAGCAGGUGGGAUUAGACAUACUUACUGAAAGAGCAGGCAGGAUUGGUGAAACUUUCUGCAGGAGCAGGCUGGAAUAAUCAGACUUUCUGUAGGGGCAUGCAGGAUUCGUCAAACUUUCUGUAGGAGCAGGAAGGAUUCGUCAAACUUUCUGUGGGAGUGAGCAGGAUUGGUCAGAAUUCGUUUGGGUUGGGAAUAACAACGGUCCCACACACACCUCUACCCCAAUAAUCCCAAGGCCUUUAUAGUAAAAUAUAGCACUUACCUCCCUCUUCAACUGUCUAAACUAAAUUCAGGUGAGGUACAUUUAAGAACAGUCUCGGAUAAUGCAUUCUGUUUAUCCUUUGUCAUAUUGUUUAGGCAACAAAUUUUAUUUGAUAUCAUGCAGAUCGCAGGGUGUACAGUGAGGCUGGUUUACAAGGUGAAUGAGCUAACUGUGGAUUUAAUUUAAGGGAGUGCUAAACUAAGUUUAGCAAUCUAAUCUGAAUGAGUGUCCAGUGUGAUCCUGGGACUUUUUUCCUAAAAUGUCUGUUAGCUCACAAACCCACAGACCUAUAGCUUCACGGUAAAUCCUUCUGUCCUACUGUGAAGAUGAGUGAGAAAAAAAAGGUGAGUCUAAAUGUAAAAGGUUGAGAUUUUUAAACUGCAUUUAAUGUGUUGCACAAGGCCACUGUGAGACAGUGAAGCCUGGAAUUAAAGUUAAAUUUUGCAGAUUUAAGCCAUGAUGCAAUUUGGGUACCCUGCAAGAAAAGUUGCACUAAAGAUCACAAGCCUGUAUCUGAUGACUGAUGGUGAAUGUAAAAAUAACAGCGAAAGAACUGAUGACGAAUGAGAAUGAUGACGAUGGUAAUGUUUGUAUUUAAAAUAAACUGGCUCUGGGAAUAAAGAUGGUUUGAGAAAUGCUUGGAA